UUAAAGGAAAACGAUUUUCACAUUUACUGUCUGAGAUUAAAAAUAAUAAUAACAAUAAUAAGGCGUAAAAAAGAAAAAAAAACGGUUAACGGAUAAAUGGAGGGGAAUCUCAGAGGGGAAAUUCCGUUACCGGAUCAGAAGAAGAAGAGUAAUAGUGAGUUGACUCGGACGAACUCGGAAUCAUCUGGUUUGUCCGUUGACACUGCCAAUGCAAGAGCGCAGGGUCAGGGUCCAUCUGCUGCGUGGACAGAUGAGAAACAGAGGUUGUAUCUUGAUUCAUUAGAAGCUUCAUUUGUUAAUAAGCAAUUGCGCCAUUCCUUUAGUUUGCGUGGUUGGUUGCGAGAGAUGGGAGGGAGGCCGUGUUCAUCGCGACCCCAGUUCGUGGUUCGGCGACAUUGUAGAUGGGAGAAGAAGAGGAAUGAGCCAUUGUUGGAAAGUACAGCUGACUCUCAUUUUAUCGAGGAGACAACUCGGUCGACAAACCGGUGGGACGCGGCACAUCAUGAUCUUUAAGGACAUGUUUCAUCUUGUGGUGGGGGGAUUCGUGUAAGAGAGAAUGCAACUGUCUCCUGUGGAUUGGCAACAAGUUCAGAACAACACUCCAUGUGCUGCUUAUGCUAUCAGAAUUCUAUUGGCAGCACCAUAGAAGUCUCGGAUCAGAACUUUGUUGAAGAACACCAAGGAGAGGAGCUGACCUGCAUCCACAUGUUGAAAAGGUUGAGGAGAUCUGGAGCGGAGGCUUCAAGGAAUGAUAAGAAAAUUUGAUCAUUGCUGUUUUGCUUGUUAAGUCGUGAUUUACAAACAUGUUAAAGUCUAAAGCAGAGGUCCUGGAAUUCUGUGAGCAUGGAGUCUCAUUUUUGUCAACUCUAUCUUCCCUUUUCAGGUUGUGCCAUUCACAAAGUCCAGUACAAGAAAUGCUUCAACUACCAGUCAGCUAAGUUCGAGAAGGUAACUUCUGAUUCCAACACUUGAAAACAUAGGCAAGGUCUUACCCCAUUGAUGAGCCUGUCAUAUUGAGAAAACUGCAGUGGGCAACAUUUUGAUGGGCUGAAAAUGAUCUCAUGCUUAUACUGGGUUGUGAAGAUUCUUUUUUGCUGGGUGCGAAGAUA